CGUGCAAUCUUCAAUAAAUGUGACUACAUAUUUUUUAUUUCCAAAAGAAAGAGUGCUAUGGAAAUCACACAAAUCACUAUGCAAGCACAAGACAGUUCGCAGUCGCGAACCGUUUCUUUGAGUUCGCAGGAUUGGUCGCAAACUUCUUCUCGCAGUCCGUCCGCGUCGUCGCAAGCACAAGACAGUUCGCAGUUGCUAACAGUUCCUUCCAGUUCGCAGAUGCGAACAGUUCCUCCCAGUUCGCAGGUUUCUUCGCAGAUUUUUCCCAGAAUCCUUCAUCAGCUCUCAUUUCCCGUCAAAGUGCGACGCAAUCGAUAGGAGAAUUUCCAAGUUCGAUGGAUUCCUCACUUGCCGAUCUUUACCACUCAUAUUCAUCACCCGUCGAUUCUUACUGUUCACCAUCUUCCUCACAAACAGAUGCACUCAAUUUUUUUGCAAGCUUCAUCUGGAGUAGAUGUUUCCAGUUCUCAGACUUCUUCGCGAGCUUAUUCUUCAUCGCCUAGGGCAGAGAAAGUCACUGAGGGUGAUGAGGGAAGCGCUGAGAAAUUGUCAGCGAACAUUGGAUCGGAAGUUGGCACAAUUGCUCAUUUUCUCAAAUACAAGUCUGUCAAGUCAGAUUCGGGAACCAAUGUUUUCAAGAUUCUACACACAUGUGACACUGAUGCUUGUGUGGCAAAGUCCACGAUGACUUCUAGGUUCGUACAGGAGAUGAACUGGCCUAAUGUUUUAAAGUCUGAAAUGGUGUACUAUCAUUCAUUAAACAUUACUUUGGAAGGGCUGAAGUCAUUGAACAAGUUUGAUAGUUUCAUAUAUGAGGGUGUUACUUCUAUGAUGGAUACUCAAAAUGGGUUGGAAGGAGGAAUUACUGUGAAUACUACAGAAUAUGAGAGAUAUGUUACCGGUGUUGAAGUUGUCAUGUAUCUGAUGUUUGUUAAAGAUCUCACUCCUGGUCGUUCCUCUGAGGCCAUUAAAGUUGGUGAAGUGGUUAUGGGAUUGCCAUUAGUUUGUAUAAUUGUUCAAGAUAGAGGUUUAGAUUUUGAUUACAGAUUUCAUAUGGCAAGUGCUGGUCCACGACUCAACGUUCUCAGGAAAAGAGAUAAGGAUCAAGAAUGUGACAGUAUGUUGAGAGCAAUUAGUAAUAGGAGAUGGAUGGAGAGGUGCGUUGAUAUUGUUGAAAGUCAUGACCAGUUUUUGAUUCUUGGGGUUGAAGGGUGCAAAUGGGUACUUUCUGUAUAUCGGGACUUCUUUGAUUCCAGAUUAAGAUGAGAUGAUGAGUUUGAUCCGGGUAGCAUUGUUGAAAGAAAAAUUCACAUGGCUCACAUGUCACUUCGUAGAAAUAGUGUGAAUGGCAUGGAGAGACUUAGUACUAGUGCAGCAAUAACAGCUCUAGAUUCUGCCACUAAUUCUUUGAGUGUUGUUAUUGGUAAAGAAUCUUGCCAAUUUUACUAUUACAGGCUUAGCUCUGGCCCUGAGAAAACAACAUUAUACUUGAUCAAUGAACCCAACACUGAAGUUUCCUUUUUCCCAAGUGUUGUUGGGUAUCAAUGUGCAGUUCUCUCUUCGCUUGCCAAUUCCCCAGUAUGCAUCCGGCAGUACAUGGCAGCAGGAUCUAAAUUGGUUGUGGUGUUUGUAAGCUGCCAGGCAUCUUUGGGUAUUCAUCAAAAUACUGAGAAAUGGGAAGGUGAAACCUCAUGUGAAAAUAGGGAAGAACUUGCUUUGCGCUUAAUAGAACUAUGCCAGCCAGUGCAUCCAAAGAAGGAAAUUGAAGAGAAAGUUCAAAACAAUUACAAAGAUCCCAACAAUCAGUGUGUUUUCCAGGCAAUGAAGUUCAUGGUCCACAAUCAGUUAGGUACUGGGAAGGGAGAGGCGCCAGGAUGAAGAUAAAGUUGAAGGUCAAGUCGGUUUCCUAUCACCCACCUUGAGGACGAGGUGGAUGUUCAAGGGGGGAGAUAUGAUAGGACUCCGGUAGAAUAGCUCUGAUAAUAAUAAAUAAUAAUAAUAAUAAUAAUAAUAAUAUUAGAAUAGUUAGUAUAAAUAGAGGUUGAGGGAGAAUAGAAAGGAGUUUGGAAUUGUUAUUUGGGCUUGGGACUUGGAGAGUGGCACUCUUAAACUGCCUUUGUAUUUCUCUCUCUACGUUUUCUGUUAUACGACAGCUUCCAUUGUUACGCACAUCUUCCUUCUAUCAUCUUUUACUUCUUGAAAUCACUUUGAAACAGCCAGGUACCUAACAUUUCCAUCCCGCAUAACAAUUUCAACCUCCUUUCUAUUCUCCAAGUCCCAAGCCCAAAUAACAAUUCCAACCUCCUUUCUAUUCUCCCUCACCCUCUAUUUAUACUAACUAUUCUAAUAUUAUUAUUAUUAUUAUUCUUAUUUAUUAUUAUUAUUAUCAGAGCUAUUCUACCAGAGUCCUAUCAUUGUGCCUCUCCCUUCCCUGGUACUGAUUGCUGGACCAUGAGCAUCAUUACUUCCUCGAGCCUUCAUCAUCACUUCCUCCACAGCAGGAAUGAUUAGAGGUAAAGAUAUUGUUACAUAGUGCUCCACCAUUUUGUCACUCAUUAAUAUAUCUAGAAGCCUAGAGAUAAGAGCAUUCCCAUCCUUCUGUUUGGAUUGCGUCAGAAGAGAAAUACAGGUAUAGACUGCUCAUUGAACAGCUUCACAAAGAGUGCUCAGUAUAUCCAGCAAGUUUCUAGCAGCUCUGAUACCAUUAACAAUUUCUGGUUUCAAAGAUAAAUCCACGAGGAGCUCUAUCUUGGAGACAUCAAUUACAGCAGCCUGGAUGGUAGAGUCCAGAUCCACAUUGAUUCCGCACAACUCGUAUUCUGAAAUAAAUCCAAAAACAUCACCACGAUUCUUAAAAGUGACAACAGCACCAAACUCCGUUAUUUCAUGAACUUUUCCCUCAACAAUGCUACCAAGAUCAAACUCAUCAGCCCAUCUCAGUCCAGAAUCUGAGGAGUCCAAAGAUAGAAGCUUGGCAAUCUUGUGUUUUGAAAGAAAUCAUUCUUGAAUACAUGUAACAUCAGUUGAAGAGCAUUAUGACUGCUGCAAAUACACUGUUAGUCGACCAGAUUCAUCAUUAACAUCAAGUAUGUUCAUACGAACUGAUUGUCCAACGUAGAAUACUUCAGAGGUAUCAGAUCUCCUGUCAUCUGUAGGCUUGCUUCUGGGAGAAAAUCCAGCCAAACUCCCUAGAUAGCGAACAAACAAACCACUUCCAUUUAUGUUACAAAUAUACCCAUGCACCACCGAAUGCAGGGAAAUUUGACUAACAUCCAGGGGAACAUGCUGAGAUGUGCUGAUGAGUGAGUACUUGGCAGAAAGUACCAAAUUGCAACCUUCAACAUCAAGAACCAAAAGUUGGUCAAGCUCAAAACCUGGUUUCAAGAUAGAAUUCGUUAAACCAGCAAGGUCACGAUGAUCUUAUAAAUGUUCUGGCAGAAUCGUUCCCUUCAAACAAAUUUGAGCAUCAGAAGUAACUAGAUCAAUGGUUCCGGAAACGACAUUUCUUGGUUUAACUAAUUCAUUCGCGGAUAACCUCAUGGGUCUUGACGUAAAACUGAGGUUGAUUUGUCUUGAUGCAGGGUUAGAACUGACAACUCUGCACUUCACAAGUUGUGCAACAUGAUACAUUGAGUUUAGUUCGGAGCUAGGAUCUAAUCCAGACUUAGGCUGUGGAGCAACCCCAAUUCCCCCAAUCCUCAUCUCUUUUCUUGAGAAUCUCGAUCCAUUUAUCAGCAAUUGCCAUAUGAAGCUGAUAAUCAUAACCUGCACCUCCAGCUUGAACAGGAAUACAAAGUGCUGGCAUCCCACUAACAUCUUCACCAACGGUUAUGGCAUCUGGGAAGAGACCAUGACUCUGCCAGAUUCCCGUAAUAUAUACUGCUGGCAUCCCACUUGAACAGGAGUACAAACUGUCUUCCUCCCUUAAUAGCAGAUUUUUUUCCUUCCAGAAGCAGUAGCAGGGCCUUUAACUCCGCCAGAUUUCCGCAAUGAAAUUAUUUCAACUCAGCGCGAAUCUCAAAAAUGCCCCUGAACAUCUCAGAAUCCGUGAGUCUCAUAGAAGCUACCACCAAUUCAAAUUUCUCUCGGCGUUCCAUGAGCUUGAACAGAUUGGUUUCCAAGUCUGUCUUGACAAACUCGUAUUUGGAGGAAGCAUUAUGAGUGAGAAAUCAAGCAUUUGUGCCCGCUUCAGGUCCAACGGCAAGUGAUGAUUGUUCCUCGCAUUCAUCGUCGCCAUUGGUGAACAUAUCUACAUUUUCUCUGGAUCUUGAAGAACUCCUACCUUCAAAGGGAGGUGGUGCCAACUAACAGACUCCUGAUGGAACGAUGAAGCCUGCGAACUGGGAGGUUCUGCUCGUGACGAAGCCUGAGAACUGGAACAAUCUGCUCGCGACGGAGCCUAUGAACUGGGGAAAUCUGCUCGCGGCAAAGCUUGCAAACUGGGAGAAGCUGCUUGCGAUGACACUGGAUAAUCGGCUAGCGACGACGCCUGCGAACUGGGAGAAUCGGCUAACCACGAUGCUUGCGAACUGUGAGAAGCUGCUCGCGAUGAAGAUGAGCCCUGGCUUUCAUACUGCCUACAACGUUGUUGAACCAACAAGUUGUGCAUCUCCUCCACCGCAGUUCUCAUCCCUGCCAAAUCACGUUCAACACUUUCAAUGCUCUUUUCCAUUUGCGAACACAUAAAACUCAUUCUCCACUCUAGUGAUCCUCUUAUACCAAUGUUAGGAACUCAACAAAUGCAGCAGAAAGUUAAUAGUAUAUUGAUUAGGAAGUCCGAUGAAUUAUUAGGAUUACUCGAACAACAAUGGCGGAAAUAGAAAGAAAGAGAAGAAACAGGAUUGAGACUCUUCUAGAGUCUCCCGUCCUAAUUCCAACUAAAAUUCUGCCUACCUCUUAUUAUUCCCUCUCCUCCUAUUUAAACUACUCUUUAAUAUUAUUAUUAAUAGCCCAUUAUUAAUAACAACCCAAAUGUAAUAUACUAAUUGGCCCAUGUCGGAAAAGGUACAAUUCCUUAAGACUAUUCUUAUAUAGAGGUUAUUAUACCAGAUUUAUUUUUUUACAUGAAUUCAUUUUUUGGUCUAAUCAUUUCGUAGAUGUGUUUAUCAAUUCUAUAAUGCAGAUUCACCCGAGUGAUGUGAUGGGACCUUCUGUUCCUGGUCCUAUUGUGCUCAUUGUUGACUGCCCAACCAUGUAUCACCUAGAGGAGUUGUAUUCCAUUGAAUCUCUUGCACCAUAUUAUUCAAAUAAAUCACCCAUUUCUGAGGAAAACUGCAAGCUUGUAAACUGUGUAGUUCACCUCAGUCCUUCAACGGUAACUACUACAUCCAUGUAUCAACAAUGGAUGUCAAGAUUUGGUGGGGCCCAACAUAUCAUGGCUGGGCAUGAGCUGAAGAAUAUUGAGAUUCCAAUUCUAAAAGCUAGUGCAAGAGUUGCAACUCGACUUAACUACCUAAGUCCACAGUUAUUUCCAGCCCCUGGUUUUUGGUCUCUAAAACAACUGAAUGGGUUGCCACCAUCCUCAAUUUUUGCAAGCGAGGGAUCUUUGCCACAUGCUGAUGGAAUCAUUUCUGCUGAGAAUCUUCUCAAGUUCCAUCUGCGGCCUUACUCCCAACUUGGAUUAGAUAGGUCUUGUGUGCCAAAUCUUACAUCUCCACCUGAAAUAAUCAGUGAGUUAAUAUCAGAAAUCCCUGAGAUUGAAAAUGCUUCUCAGCACAUCACCCAGUUGUGGCAUGGAGGGGGGAACAGAGAUGUCAAUGAAGAACCAUGUUUGGAAGGCAUAAAGAGAGAUGACAUGGAGAUUGUUCUUCUUGGGACAGGGUCGUCCCAGCCUUCAAAAUACCGCAAUGUUAGUUCUAUCUUCAUUAAUCUCUUCUCGAAGGGAGGUAUUCUCCUGGAUUGCGGUGAAGGGACACUAGGGCAACUUAAACGAAGGUAUGGUAUUGAAGGUGCUGACGAAGCUGUGAAAAGUUUGAGGUGUAUCUGGAUUUCUCAUAUACAUGCUGAUCAUCAUACUGGUCUUGCAAGAAUACUUGCUCUUAGACGUAAUUUGCUAAAAGAUGUUCCUCACAAGCCUUUGAUUGUCAUUGGCCCUAGACAGCUCAAGAGAUUUCUUGAUGCAUAUCAACGCCUUGAGGACCUAGAUAUGCAAUUCCUUGAUUGCAGGAAUACCACAGAAUCUUCACUGAAGGCUUUUGAGUCACACAAUGGUAUUUCCCAAGUUCCAAACGGACUAGAAGAGAAUGUGCAGAAUGGCAAUGCAACUGGCGAGUUAAAUCAGGGAGGGGUUGAUUCUAGUCUUUUUGUGAAAGGGAGUCCGAUGCAGAGUUAUUGGAAGCGGCCGGGCAGUCCGGUUGACUCUUCCUUGACAUUCCCAAUAUUAAGAAACCUUAAUGAAGUCUUAAGCGAAGCGGGACUAGAAGGGUUGAUUAGUUUUCCCGUUAUACAUUGCCCACUAGCUUAUGGAGUUGUACUUAGAGCUGCCGAAAGAACUAUUAGCGUUGGGAAAAGGAUACCGGGAUGGAAGAUUGUUUACUCCGGCGAUACUAGGCCCUGUCCUGAUCUAAUUGAAGCUUCUCGUGGAGCAACAGUUCUUAUUCACGAGGCUACAUUUGAAGAUGGGAUGCUGGAAGAGGCCAUAGCAAGAAACCACAGCACAACAAAGGAAGCGGUUGAGACCGGGGACACUGCCGGAGCAUAUCGCGUAAUCCUUACACACUUCAGCCAAAGAUACCCCAAGAUUCCGGUGUUUGACGAAUCCCACAUGCAUAAAACCUGCAUUGCUUUUGAUCUGAUGAGUAUAAAUGCAGCAGAUCUGCCCGUGGUUCCGACAGUCCUGCCAUACCUUAAGCUCCUCUUUCGCGAUGAGCUCGUUGCCGAAGAUGAUGCUGCCGCCAAUCUCGCAGAUGCUGCUGCAAUUGCUUGAGAAGCAUGUUUUAGUUUAAUGUAAAUUUAUUCUUAAUUAUAAAGCAGAAGUUUUGUUUGCAUUUAAUUUUAUUAAUGGUUUUUAGCAAAUGGGGUGUUUUUAGCUAAUGGCUUAACCUGAAGUUAGGCCACCUCAUUAAAAAACACAAGGAUAUUCUUGCGUAUUACUAGUAUAACAUUAUUAUUAUUAUUAUUUGUUCAGCGUUACCUGUUUUUUUACUUGAUCGAAUAAAAGUUCUUUUUUAUUUUUUACGAAUAAAAAAGUCCUUUUCUUAGCUAUAGCACCAUGAGCACACGUAGGCAUGGACCCAACCGGGCCCAACCAG